AUGACUAGAUUUUCCUCUUUUCUCUUGUUUUCACUAAUAGCUGUUGCUUCUAUCACUCCAGAAUGUUUCAACAUGGAAAUUAUUGGAGGGAGAGAGGUGCCACCUCAUUCUAUGCCAUUCAUGGCCUCCGUCCAGCAGGACGGGGUCCAUGUGUGUGGAGGAGUCCUGAUCCAUCAGCAGUGGGUGCUGACAGCAGCCCACUGUCAGCAUCUGUUUGUCAAAGGCAAUUCUCUCCAAGUGGUUUUAGGAGCACAUUCUCUUUCAAAGAUUGAGGCUUCCAAGCAAAUACUUAAAAUUAAAAAGUUUAUACCCUUCUCACGAUUUCCAUCCAAUGAUGAUGUCAUGCUGAUCCAGCUUCACAAGGCCGCAGAACUCAAUGAAAAUGUCCAGUUGUUACAACUAGAAUUCAAAAACGAUGUUCGAGCUGGAACCAAGUGCCAACUUGCUGGCUGGGGAACAACUGACCCAGAUUUCUUUAGCUCCUCGGACACAUUACAAAAAGUCACUGUUACUAUCAUAAGUCGAAAAUUAUGCAACAGCCAGAGUUACUACAACCACAGUCCUAUGAUAACAAAAGACCUGGUAUGUGCAGGAGACACCAAAGGCAAGAAGGACUCUUGCCAGGGUGAUUCUGGUGGUCCCUUGAUCUGUAAAGGUGUCUUCUAUGCCAUAGUCUCUGCAGGUCACAGAUGUAGUAUUGCUAAGAAACCUGGAAUCGACGCCCUAAUAACCAAGAAAUACCAAGCUUGGAUCAAAAGACACCUUGCUCCGUCUCAUACAAGUUAA